GUACUGUAUAUUAUAAGGAUGGACACUAACCGCGAGUGUUCGAUUAUUUAAACGCGCCGUCGACGGUAACUUUAUACAGUUUGUGAUCACUGCUCAAUAAUUAUGGACGCUAUAAAAGUAUUUUGCUUCGUUUUUGUUCUUGUUGGUGUUUUAGCAGGCGUAUCCGAGGCAAUCAAAUGCUACAAUUGUACCUCAUUAACGGCGGGAAACUGCAAGGAUGACUUUAAGAAGGAAGGCAUCACGAUUAAAGACAACUGCAGCGCAUGCAUGAAAACCAAAGGAAAAUAUGAAGGGAACCAGGUUGUUAUGAGGACAUGCUCUCCAAUCAAAGUCGGGAAGAACGAAUGCAAGGAAAUAACGCAACUAGGCGCCAAGAUGAACGUCUGCACGUGUGUCAAUGACCUUUGUAAUGGAACACCGCGCGUGACCGUCACGGUCUUCACCCUGGUAACAGCCGUGCUAGCCGCUUUCAAGAUGGUGUAAGGAGUAUAUGACGAGAUAUGAUGCGAUCACACAUUUCAAUCACAAACAUUCACUCGUUCAUAGUGACAUUGAUUUAAAAACAAUUUUCCUUUUAAUCUUUGUGUACCAACAGUAUAAUGUCUUGUUAAGUAUAAACAACAAAUUAGUAACUGCGCAUAAUUAAAAUUCAAUACAUAUCACUACACUUGAUUAUCAUAGUUUCAAGUUUCAAGUUUACAAAUGAUAACUUCAUUAAUGUUAUAUAGUUGCACUAUAGAGCUUAUAUAUUAUAUGCCAUAUAUUUUUUGAGAUAAAACCACACUAGAUAUUUUGUAUUAGUUAUCAUUUAUAUAUGGUUUUAAUUGCUCGUCUGAACGAUAAAGCGUGUCUUAUGUUGUCUGUAAGCGCCUAACUACCAAGACAAGUUUUAUCACUUGUUAAAUGAAGAGGAAAACCUUGUUUUCCUCAAACGAUCAUUUAAGUUCAUCUUCGACUGUGUUAAAGUUCCCUUUAGGGAAGGUAAUACGUAGGGCACGCAGGACAUGUUGCUGACGUUUAUAGAAAUAUAUAUACAUGUGUCAAUGCAUGUAGCUGACCGACACGCUGUGAUACCUGUUUUUUUUUCCAUUUAUUGUGAUAUCUGAUGUUAAAGCUGCACUCUAACAGAUAAACAUUAUGACAACUUUUUCAUUUUUUGUCUUUGAACGAACAAGUUUUUGCGUAAAUAUCUGCAAACCAAUGAUAAAAGACUUCUGACAAAAGAUCAGAUCGCAGCUUUUCAUAUUUUCGUCCCAAAAACGAUGUUUUAUGGAUUUUUAAUAAACCGUUAGUAAAGGUUUAAGCCAUAAAACAUCAAAUUUGGAACGGAAAUAUGAAAAUCUGCGAUCUGAUCUUUUGUCAGCAGUCUUUCAUCACUGGUAAGCAGAUAUUUAUACAAAACAAUCUAAUUCCAAGAGAAAGAAUUAAAAAAGUUGUAAAACAGUAAAUCUGAGAGUGCAGCUUUAAGUAACAGCAAAACUUGUAUGGCAUUUUGAUAUUUUCCUCCAUAAUCAAGUGUGUGCAGAAAGGACAACCUCUAAUUAGUGGAUUUUUCUUUAUUUUAUAUCAUUUCUUUAAAGGAAAACAAUCAAAACAAAACGUAUUGCUUUAGCUCAUGUACAAACAGGAAAGUUAUUAACAACUUCUAAACUUGACAGACAUGUACAUUACGCUGCUUAAUAAAGACAAUGUAGUUACUUUCAAUCCAUUCUUUUUCAAUAGGUUAUCAGUUAUUUUAGUAGAAGCCUUAAAUAUAUUUUAGCAUUAAGUUAUUCUUCAUUCACUUAUGUUGCCCUCCACAUUCAAAUGAUAGAACAUUUUUGUUGAAAAUUGUUAGGCUCACCUUUGUUGUCAUUUUCAAUUAAAAAAAAUCAAUGCAUUUUUCUGUUACUUUUUUAUAUAUUUAUUUUCUAAUUACAGACUUAUUGUACAAUUAUACUUACUAUACACAAUACACUUAUGUGAUGGAAAUAUAUUAAAGAUAUUGAAAUGUGAUUUAAAAAAUAUAUUAGUUACUAGAUUUUUGAAAAUGGAAGUAAACCCCUUAAAUCUUUUGGUUUGAAAAAAUGAAGUUUUAAUAAAAGUUUAGUAAUGUU